UAUUAUUAUGAUCAAUGAAUUCUUAUACAUUACAUAUCAAUGGUGUGGAAAUCAACAUUCAAUUAUUUAAGGAUAUGUCUUAUGUGAUGAUUACAUAUCUGAAUGCAAAAAUUAUACUUAAUAAUUUAAUGGUCCUGCAACAUUCUCAGAUGAAAACUUUAAAAUAAUGGCAGCAAAAUUAGAAAAUUAUGUAUUAAUAAUCAUUUUUUCUAAAACCUUUUUGAUUGAUCCAUCUAAAUGCUCCUUUUUAAUAUCAACUAACAAUUAAACUCUACCCUACUACCCUAAGUAAAUGAGCUAUAGAUUAGAUCCAUUAGAAAAUUAUAAAAUCACUCUUUUUAAUUUUUAAAACAAAUACAAUUUAAGAGAAUAAAUUUAUCUUAAUACUUUUGAAAGAUAAGUCACAACUGGAUCACUUAUACCAAUACUCAUUUGCCCAAAAUAAUUAUUAUCAAAUAUUUGGGAAUACUUUAUUGAAUAGAAUUGUUAUGUUGACACACUGGAAGAAUUAUAAGAAGCGUUAAUGAUGUCAUAAAGAUAAGUCUAACUUGGAAACGCUAUUAUAGCAAAUACUUUGAUAAAUGGAUGUGCCCUUUUUUAAAAAUACAUUUAAAUUAAACCUAAGUUUUCUAGAAAAGAAAUAGAAUCUGAUAUCAUGAAUUUAACAUUUAGUGAUUUAGAACAUUCAAUUUCAUAAUUUAAAGGUAUGCCCAUAAUUAUUAGUUAAAAUGGUAGAUUUGUAUAAUAAUUAAUGAUUUUAGUUAAAAAUAUGAUAUCAUAAUUUUUUAUUUUUAUUGAAGAAACAAUAGAUUUAUUAUUAGAAAAUGAUUUCGAUUCUUAAGAAUUAAAUUAUGUACUUGAAGGUUAAAUUGAAAAUUAAGUAGGUAAAUUUACAAUUCAAAUGCAUGAAUUUGCAUUAAUAGAAUAAGCAGAUUUUAUUAUUCUGUUUGAAAAAAUAAAAGAAACAAUUUUCGAUAUUCAUAAGGAUAUAGAGUUAUUUAUAAUUACAACAUCAAAAUUUGUAAAUGAUUAGAUGCAAAAAGUUAAUUAAAUAUUUUAAGAUUAUCCUGCUUUAGCCAACGUUAGGACAUUUUAAGCAAUUUAAACAGAUGCAUCAUAACACAUUGUGAAAGAACUUUAAAAUUAUUAUUUAAUUGAAAAAUCAAAUUUUUGGAGACCAGAGUUCAACAAUCCUUUUGAAUUCACAAAAAAAAUUUUGAUAUCCUAUUUAGAAUAUAAAGAAGAAAAAAUGAAUAAUCCAGCAAAAACAACAGAUUUUUUUACUUCUUUAAUCAGAAUGGGAUUGGAUCCAAAAAUGCCAAUAUAAACAAUACAAAUUAUAGUCAAUAAAAAUGAUCGAGAUUUUGUGAAAGAUAAAGAUUCACUUUUAAUUGAAAAGAUCAAUAUAAUAACAAGGGGAAAGCGUUCUGCAUUCAAAAUAUAUUUAGAAAGUAAAGAAUAAAUAGUAUUGUAUAUGAUAAAACAUUAAGUAAUAAUUGUUUCAUUUGAUUAUUUUAAUUAAGGUUUAUGGACAGAGAUUGAGAAAUUUUAAAAUUUAAAUAUGAAAUUAUCUUAAGGAGUAUAAUAUAUUUUAGAAACAAAUAUAGAAUAUGUAAAAAAUAUAAAAUUAUAUGAAUAAGAAAUAUGUGGAUAUUAAAUUGAUUAAAAUGGAUAAUCAAAUUUAUUAAUGAAUUUUUCAAUGAAUAUGGAUGAAUAAUUAAAAAUAAUAAAGAAAUAAUUUUGUAAUAAAAUAGAUAAAGCAUAAAAAGGAGGCGCUCCUUAACCUACUGAUCCAACAAUUUUAGCAGCAGGAGCAAUAGGAUCAGGAAUAGGUAUAUUUAUAGUUGAUUGUCUUGAUGAUAAUAUAUCAUGGUAAAAAAAAUUAUAAAGAGCAGGUUAUGGAACAGCUGAAACAACAGCUUUUGCAGCUCUUUCAAUGAAUUUACCAUUUGUUGGUUUUUUAGUAGGAUAAACAUUUCUAUUUUAUUCUGUUCAUAAAGUAUUUUCAAAUAAAGUGUUAAGUAUGUAAAAUAAAUUAAAAAACAUGGGCCAUUUAGGAGUAAAAACAUCAAUGGGAAUAGGAUCAGCUGUUGCUGGAUAAAUAUUAAUACCUGUUCCUGUAUUAGGAGCACUUAUAGGUAGUGUUGUAGGUGGAGUUGGUGUAGGAUUAUAUCAUAAAUUUAUAGUACCUUCAACUAGAAAUUCAUUAUUAGGUAUUAUCAAUAGAUUAGAAUAAUUUAUUUAACCUACUGGAUAAUUAAAAUAUGAAAAAUAAGUUAUUAAAAUGAUGAAAAUUAAUCCUACACAUUUUUUUGAAAAUCAACCACAAACUCUUGAUUGUUCUGAUUGGUUAACUCUUAUUUCAAUUAAUUUAGUUAAUGAAGUAGCUUAUUUGUAUGAAAUGUAAUGGGAUGAAUAAAGAAAAAAACUAUUAGAAAAAGAAGAUAAUGCCUAAAAAAUAGAAUAAAUUAUUAAUUUAGAAAAUGAGGAGGAUAAAUUAGUAGAAAAACUAUGCAAAUGGGAAAUUUGUAGACAUUAUAUUUAUAAAGAAAAUAUUUCAACUUUUAAAUAUGCAAAAUAAGUUGGUAUAUUUGUAGCAGGCAUGAUUUCAAACUUUAAAAUCUGA